CUUCACAAUGUUCUUGCACCCUGCUUAUCCUGGGCUAUCCUGCAAUCCUGCAUUGACUUAUGGUAUUUUGGUCUCCGGUCAUCCGACCCUUUCUCGUUUUGUAGCUUUGCUGGCCCAAGUAGAUUCUUCUCAUUUCCCCUCUUCUGGGACAGAGAUACCGCCCUGCCAAUCUGCCAUUUAUCCUCUUUGGAGCUCAAUAAUUCUUUCAUUCCCAUCUCCUUUGCCGUUUUUUUUCCUGAUGUAAUUACCCAUUUACGCGCCCAAUAUAUCCCAAUCAUCAAACAGCACCAACAUAUCUUUAUAAUCAUCAAAAUGGCUCGCAGUAGAUCGUCAUCUAGUCGAUGGAGGUAUGUGAAUCCGACGUAUUAUCUGAAACGACCCAGGCGCCUGGCAUUGCUCUUUAUCGUCUUCGUUUCUGGAACGUUUUUCUUUUGGGAUCGUCAAACCUUAAUUCGCGAGCACGAGGAAGAGAUAUCUAAGUUGAAUGGUGAAGUGAGUCGCUUGCAAGACCUGCUAGAAGAAUUAAAGAGUGGUCGAGUCAUUCCACGCGAGGUAGAUUUGGAUGGAAAAAGUAAUGAUGACAGAGCUAAGGAAAAAGAUGUGUUUGAUGAUCCAGCGGAUGCUCAGCGAAGGGAGAAAGUAAAAGAUGCCAUGCGCCAUGCUUGGAGUUCGUAUGAGAAAUAUGCAUGGGGUCAUGAUGAACUUCAACCACAAUCAAGGAACGGGGUCAACAGCUUUGGUGGCCUUGGAGCAACUUUAAUAGACUCUCUGGAUACACUUUAUAUCAUGGGACUUGAUGAAGAAUUUCAAAAGGCUAGAGAGUGGGUUGCAAACACUUUGGAUUUUAACAAGGACUAUGAUGCUAGUGUUUUUGAGACAACCAUAAGGUUUCUUUAUAAGAGUUGUAGGUGGACUUCUAAGUGCAUAUGACCUCUCUGGGGAUAAUACUUUCCUCAAAAAGGCUCAAGAUAUUGCUGACAGGCUUUUGCCUGCAUGGGAUACACCCACCGGCAUCCCUUAUAACAUAAUCAACUUGGCUCAUGGGAAUCCACACAACCCAGCAUGGACUAGGGGUGACAGCAUCUUGGCGGAUUCUGGUACUGAGCAGCUUGAAUUUAUUGCUCUUUCUCAGAGGACAGGAAAUCUAAAGUAUCAGCAGAAGGUGGAGAAUGUUAUUUUAGAGCUUAACAAAACUUUUCCUGAUGAUGGUUUACUUCCAAUCUACCUUAAUCCACAUAGCUGGAGAAAAUCACACUCAACAAUAACUUUUGGAGCCAUGGGGGACAGCUUCUAUGAGUACUUACUCAAGGUCUGGAUUCAAGGAAAUAAAACCGAUGAUGUCAUGCAUUACAGAAAAAUGUGGGAGACAUCAAUGAAAGGUCUCGAGAGCUUGGUGCGAAGGACAACCCCUUCAUCUUUUGCUUAUAUUUGUGAGAGGACUGGGAGCUCUUUUACUGACAAGAUGGAUGAACUUGCGUGCUUUGCUCCAGGAAUGUUGGCCUUAGGUGCUUCUGAUUAUGAUAGUCCUGAUGAAUCUGGAAAGUUCAUAUCAUUAGCAGAAGAGCUCGCUUGGACUUGCUAUAACUUCUACCAGUCAACGCCAACAAAAUUGGCUGGAGAGAACUACUUUUUUCAUAAAGGGCAGGAUAUGAGUGUGGGGACAUCAUGGAACAUACUGAGGCCGGAGACUGUUGAGUCGCUUUUUUAUCUCUGGCGUUUGACUGGAAACAGGACAUACCAAGAUUGGGGUUGGAACAUAUUUCAGGCAUUUGAGAAGAACUGUCGUAUAGAAUCUGGAUAUGUUGGGCUAAAAGAUGUGAACACGGGUGUGAAAGACAACAUGAUGCAGAGCUUUUUCAUGGCAGAGACCCUUAAAUAUCUCUAUCUUCUUUUUUCGCCGCCUUCAGUGAUUCCACUGGACCAGUGGGUUUUCAACACAGAAGCCCACCCUCUUAAAAUUGUGGACAGGGGGGGCUCUACUGGACAGUUGCAGCAUACAUCAGAGGUUAGAUCUCGCGGUAGAAGAGAAGGUCAAUUUGGUGGCGACUAGCCUAACUCAAACAGCUUUUCUAUGAAAGAGAUUGAGAUCUUGCUGAUGGACUGGAUGGAGCCAAUGGGAUACAAUUCAAACAUCAAUGUCCAGUUUUUUUUAAUGGCAGCAAUUACUGCAAGUAUUUAUAGUUGGGGUUGGUAUAGGUUAUACUAGUUUUUUAAAAUUUUUAUGUGAUGUCCCCGCCCGGCCUUCCCGGCUUUUGUGCACCCUUUUGGGGCAACCUGAUGUACUAUGCUAUACUCUUGCUUCUAUAGCUAUGUAUGUAACAUUUUUUGAAGUCCAUUGGGAACACGUCUUGAUGAUUAUGAAAAUGUUUAAUCACUGGAAGUCUAG